GAUAAAUUGAAGAAGGAGAUUGCUAUCAUGAAACGACUUCGACAUCGUCAUAUUGUUCAACUCAAAGAGGUGAUUGAUGAUGCCAAGAGUAAAAAGGUUUUCAUGAUUUUAGAGUUCAUGGAAGGCGGUCAGGUUAUCUGGCAAGAUGAGAUCACUCAAACACCGUUGAUGACCGUGGAACAAGUCCGUCGAACGUUUCGACAAGUCUUGUUAGGACUCGAAUAUCUUCAUUAUCAAGGUAUCAUCCAUCGUGACAUCAAACCGGCGAAUUUACUUUGGACAGCCGAUCGAGAAACGGUCAAGAUUUCAGAUUUUGGUGUUUCUCAUCUUUCUGGAGUUUUGAAGCGAUCGGGAUCAAAUGACCAGGCCUUGAGGAAGACUGAAGGUAGCCCAGCUUUCAUGGCACCUGAACUCUGUUCACCUAAUACGUUUGGAAAGGGUGAAAGACCAGGUGUUGGAAAAGGCAUUGAUAUUUGGGCACUUGGCGUUACACUGUUUUGUUUAUUAUUUGGUAGAACACCUUUCAAGGCACCUAAUGAAUAUGAACUCUUUAAUGUGAUUUGGAGAGAAGCAGUGGUGAUACCA